GAACACAAAUAUAAAACUGUCCUUUUCUACCUCAUGCUUGCCAUCAUAAUCUUAUUGUGCUUAUGCCCAAAUACGAAAUCAGCUGUUGGUUAUUCAAUGGUCAAAUUUUUGUUUAAUAAUAAUAUUUCUGUGAAACUAAUUGUGUAUUGAGAUACUUAGUUGAAAAUUAAAAGGUUCAAGAAUGGUCGAUGUAAGAACUAAUGUGAAUUUUACGUGCCAAAGAUGUUUACAACCCCUGAGACUUGAUGCUAGUUUUAAUCAUUUAGGAGAACAUACUCUAGCUGAACUAUCAUUGCCAAUUCAACCCCAAGUUGUAAGUGAAAUGGAGCAACCUACUGGAAGUUUAGAACAUUUGGUACAUCCUUUUAGACUCACUGAGUCUGCAAAUGGUUCAAACGGAUUUAUGGUCGUGGGUGAUUCAGGUGAAACAGAAAGCUUAAGUCAUCAUUUAAAGAUAAGAGCAGCAUUAUUCGACAUUUUAAGCAGUAGCAGUUCUGCUGAUCAUCCUCUGUGCGACGAAUGCACGGAUACACUUUUAAUGCUAAUGGACCAACAGUUGAGAUUAACGGAAAGCGAAUGGUCAGAUUUUAAUGAAUAUUUAAAAAAAUUAGAUGCUGAACAAGAAAACGAAAAAACCGAAGAUGUUAAAAUGGAAAAUCUAUUGAAGGAAUUACUGGAUGUUAAAGACGAAGAAGAAAGGAUGAUUUGUGAAUUAGAAGCUUUGAGAAAAGAAGAAACAGCUACGAGAGAUGCCAUUGGUGAACAGGAAAGGGAACGAGAGAGAUUGCAAAGUGAGGAGGAACGUUAUUGGAGAGAGUAUACAAAACAUAGAAGGGACCUUAUGUUAGCAGAGGACGAAUGUAGAAGUUUGGAAUGUCAGCUGGCCUACGCAUCUUCACAAUUGGAAAGACUAAAAAAAACAAAUGUUUUUAACGCAACAUUUCACAUCUGGCAUUCUGGUCACUUUGGCACAAUUAAUUCCUUUCGAUUAGGAAGAUUACCAAGUCAACCUGUUGAUUGGAGUGAAAUAAACGCAGCUUGGGGACAAGCAACUCUUUUAUUAACUGCCCUUGCACGAAAGAUUAACUUGACUUUUCAGCGGUUUCAACUUGUUCCUCGCGGAAACCACAGUUACAUCAAAGUCUUGGGUCAAAAUAUAGAACUUCCAUUGCACUGCAGUGGUGGCUUUAAGUUUUUGUGGGACACUAAAUUCGACUCAGCAAUGGUAGCUUUCUUGGAUUGUUUGCAACAAUUUAAAGAAAAGGUAGAAAAGGGAGACAGUGGAUUUUCACUUCCAUAUAGAAUGGAUAGAGGGAAGAUCGAGGAUUCAGCCACCGGGAAUUCUUAUUCUAUCAAAAUUCAGUUCAAUUCUGAAGAGCAGUGGACUAAGGCCUUAAAAUAUGUCCUGACGAAUUUGAAAUGGGGUCUUGCCUGGGUCAGUACUCAAUUCACAAAAGACGAUGUUGAACAUUAAUGGUAACGGUCUUGUUUACUAGCCAAAAACCAAGUGACACCAUAAAGAAAACUGGAAGGACUUUCAACAUUUCCAGAAUGCAGGUAAUCCUUCACUUGCUGAAUAUUCAUUUCGAUAACUUCGAUUAAUUCACCCUCU